GGCGCUCUAGAGGUCUGCUAGACUCGAGAAAGACUAUCAAGUAAAGGGGACGGGAUCAGUUUUCAGUUGUCCGUAGUCCUGCGGGGAUCGCGUUUCCGGCAGACUUGGUUCGCUGACUAAAAAGACGCGGUGGCGAGUCUGCCAGGCGUGUCAUUGAUAAUCCGAGCGAAUCUUCGCCGAUUAGAAACCGAUAGAAAUUCUGUGAGAGUGCCGGUGGUUAUUCAUAGGCCUUUCGCGGCUUUGCGAUUGUAGCAGUGUUUAAUUCGAACCAGAAAGACGCCGCUCCGUUAUAAAAAUACAGCUAAUCUGCAGGCGCUGUAUAUCCAUACUCGCCCGUAUGCGUACAUAGGAUCAUUUACAUCGCAAUAUAAAUAUACACACAUGAUACUGGGUUUGAGGUAUACUCGAACGGUUAAAAAUAUGUAUCAAGUGGCUUUUCGCCUCGUUAUAUUCGGCACCCUCUUUUUCUCCGAUGUCCUGGGACAUGGAAGACUGAUCGAACCUCCGUCCAGAGCCUCCAUGUGGAGAUACGGAUUUAACACACCACACAAUUACAACGACAACGAGUUGUACUGCGGUGGCUUCAGUCGACAGUGGAAUCGUAACAAAGGAAAAUGCGGAAUAUGCGGAGAUCCGUGGGAUGUGAAACCGCCUCGACCAAAUGAAACUGGUGGGAAAUAUGGCAACAGUAUAAUAGUACGAAAAUACCGUACAGGUUCCAUUAUCCCGGUACAAGUAGAACUGACGGCGAACCAUCAUGGAUACUUUGAAUUCCGUUUAUGCCCGAUGGCACACGCAGGCACCGAAGUGACGGACGACUGUCUGGACCAGCAUGUUCUUAUCGAAGAAAGCGGGACACCUAGAUACUAUCCUGGACCUGGAAAUAAAAUCUUUGAAAGUCACUACAAACUUCCAGACGACGUGACGUGUUCCCAAUGCGUUUUCCAAUGGAGAUAUGUGGCGGGAAAUAACUGGGGCAAAUGCGAUAACGGAACAGAGGCUGUCGGCUGUGGUCCCCAAGAGGAGUUCAGAGCUUGUGCGGAUAUUUCGAUCGGUGACAACCAACCUCCGCUACCUCCACGACCAAUUACGCCAAAGACAAAUGCAACAGGUGGAACUUCGACAACGAAACACGCCCAACCAUCGCCUACCGAGCCUUCUCUCGUGUCUGAUAUAUCAGGGCCUUACUGGGUGGUCAGUUUGGUCAUUGCGGGGACAUCGUUGCUGGUUAUAUUAGCUGCUUUUGCCUUGUUGUACACGUACUAUUAUCACGCUGGAAAAGCCAAGCAGUGGUUAAGGGCUGGAAAGUUAUUGACGCCUGACAAUGCGGCACCGAUUGCACCUCCGAGACAGAGGAAACAUCAAAAUUCGAUUUCACACUCACCUCUGGAUGCUUAGCUUGCAAUCGGAUAUGUACGAAUGAGUGUGAUUUGUUAUUCUAUAGCCGUAGUGUUAAAGCAAUCGGUGUAAGAUUCAGGCAGCAGCUCCUAUCUGAAGAUAAACUUAUUAUGUACUUAUGGUAUAUGAUUAUGUUGUAAUCUGAGUUUAAGAAGCAACCGAACGAUGUACUCGCGAAUAGUUUUUCGAUCUCUGAAAACACUUUCAAGUUAACGGAAGGUAGAAAAAAUUGUUCAACGUCGCGACGAAGCUAAUUUUGGUUAGUAUAAAAUUACGAUUGUUCGUAAGCGUUUUCUUUAUAUGUUAAAUAUUCCUUAAUUAUGACUAACCAGUAAUGUAACAAUAACCUUAAAUCGACUGAUUUUCAAUGGUUUUUUUGACUUUUUAAGUUCUCUGUAUCGUUAUGCUAGAUCCUGUAUAUAGAAUGUACGACUACUCGUCAAGUAAAAUUAUUUAUUUUCUAACAUGUGAAAAUUAUUGGCACAAUCUUCGAAACGUCCAAAUUACCCGAAAAGUAUUUAUUUAGAAAUAUUUGCAUGAUUACGGUGAUGCAAAUUGUAUCUAAAGUGUCCACACACGUUUGACUAAUGAGUUUCUAGGAAGAAAUUAUUUUACGCGACUGAACGAUGUCGAUCAAAGUUUUCGUACUUUUACAACCUGACAGCUUGAUAUAAUAUUAAAUUACUUUUAACUUAAUCCGAAGAGUGUAUGGAUAGUUUAAAUCGUGCUCGUAGUUUAAAGUAUGAAUGAAGGAUUACCGACACGUGUUUAUUAUUUGAUUGACUUAAAAUUUUGAAGAUUCUACUACAAGGGUUAUAUAAACAAGUGAUUUGAAUAAAAACAAUGACUUCAUCCUUUCUUACAUAUAAUAAUUAAAUAUUUACAGUAAACUUAAUUUGAUUAUAGAAUAAAUUUAAUAAAU